UAUCAAGUAAUCGUGGUCAAACUUGAUAUAAACUUUGCGGGCUAGCAAGACAGAAAGCCCAACAAAGAAUGUUUUAAACGUCAUCUUUCACAAGAUAUUAUGAGAACCCAUUAUUUUAAGCUUGAGGAUUUAUGCUUUCAUAUAUUUGCAAACGGGUUUUAAACAUGAACCUACAUUGCUUUGAUCAGAGGAUGUAUUCUACUUCAACCUUUUCACCAUUAAAACUUCCGUCUCGAAUGGAAACACAUCUUUGGUAUGUAUUACCAAAGGAAGUGAAGAGUCAUUCACUACUAAAUCAAUAUGUUGACCUUCUAUCGCCGCUAGAGAAAGACCACAUUUUGAGCAUUCAUCAUGAUGAACUGCGUAAGAGUGCUUUGCUAGCUCGUGUGCUUGUUCGUACUACUAUAGCUAGAUAUCAGUUACAUUCUCAAGUCAGCCCAAGGUCUCUUGAGUUUAAAAAGAACGCUCAUGGGAAACCCGAGAUAGUAUGGCAAAACAACGGUGAUUGGCAUCCACCGUCGCUGCAUUUUAAUCUGUCCCAUACAUCAUCUCUGAUAGCAUGUGGAGUGUCUGUUGACUCACCAAUUGGUAUUGAUGUAGAAGAAAAGCAAAGGAGGUUGAAAAACAAUAUUUUAUCCUUUGCCAAGCGCUACUUUUCUUGUGAAGAAGUGGAUGUUUUAAAUGCAAUUUCAGACCCCGAAGUUCAGCGGCAGGAGUUCUUCAAACUAUGGACACUAAAGGAAGCAUAUGUUAAAGCAUUGGGAAGAGGCUUCUCAGGUGCUCCUUUCAACACAUUUACUAUUAGGUUCGGUGCUUCAAAUCCAAGUCUUGAGGAUUCUGCAACAGUCAUUGUGCCUCUAGAGAACCCAACCACACUUACAACCAAUUGGCAAUUUGCACAGGUAGAACUGGCUGGUUCUCAUUAUGGCGCCAUAUGUAGGGAGAUCAACGAACUUUCCAGAGGGGCUCCAAUAGAACUGAUUGUUCGGAAGACAAUUCCUCUAGUUAAAGAACAUUGUGUGAUGGGAUAGGUUCGGCUGAAGCCUAAAUCAAUACUGUGACGCAGUUCGAUUUUAAAUAACUUACCCUGAACAUGCUUACAUUUGUGAACAUUGGCAUUUGUCUAGUUUAACUAAAGUAAUUAUUAGUUUUAUUAAUGUUAUAUAUUCCUUUUCACGUUCAA